ACUGCCUCUCACUUAAACGUCAAAAAGUUAGGCUAAGUUGUUUAUUAAAUUUGUUUAAUACACUAAAUAAUGUAACCCUUGCCAAAAUUGUGUCCUCAGCGCCUAAAAAUAAAUGUGUGUGUGAAAAUGAAGUUCAACGAUAGAGAAUUGAUGACAGUGGGUGAAGGCAAACCAGAGUUAGAGGGAAUCCUUCAUCAUAUGAAGCCCCAAGCCAACGAUUGGUCCGACUGGUACCAGCAGCCCUCAUUUAAAGAAAGACACUUCAAGUUAAUCAUGAAUUUAUUAUUUUAUUACCGCGUGAACACCACUGAACAGGAACAGCAACCCCUUGGUGUCCUAGUCUUAGAAAAUGCGCAAGUGGCUUACGAAAGGCCCCACAAAGGGAUUCCUUUCGCUUUUUCCAUCACAUUUAAGGUAAAUGAUAAGUUCAAAGACAAUGAAGCAAAACAUAUUUUUUCGUGUCGUUGCGACGCUGAUGUAAAUAAAUGGGUGUCUAUGUUAAAAAUGCACUCGUAUGAGUACUGGAGGUGUCAGUAUAUCAUCCUCAAGACAAAAAUUAGCAUGAAGACAGGAGAAGACCCCAUUUUGGACUAUAUGAGAAGUAAAAAUUCAACUGGCAGUCAAGCAAAAAAAGUGGAAGUGAAAAAAGUGAGGAAUAAGGAAAAGAAAUCAACGUUUUGCAGUCAUUUGGAAAAUUCCACUUUUUUUGAAAGUGAGAGUAGCUACACGGAAACCAAAGUUGUUACAAAAACCACAAGUAACGUGACUGUGGAUAAUUUAAUAGAUUUGUAACUAUUUAUUUCACAAAAUCUCUCUUGUUUCAAGUGCAAUUUUUCAACUCUAAACUUGUUCUAUAACUCAGGUCAGUGUCAAAAAAUUAUAGUGAUCGUAGCUUUUAUAUUUAUUUAUUUAACUAGAUACAAAUUAAGGAACAAAUGCACUUAAUUUAACCAUUUGUAAGUUUAUUUAUUAAAUAAAAAGUCAAUCCAUGAAA